AUGGAGCUGCAGUUCAGGCACAUCUUCCACACCUCCAUGGCCUACGAGGAGAACGUGCUGGGUGUCACAGCGGCACAAGCGCGCACGGUGGCCGUCGUGUUGCCGUACGUGACCAUGCAUGACGAUUGUUUUGCCUCUCCUUCGCACCGCGGCGUCUCCAACAGAAGCGUUGCAUUUCCACGGACCCUGCCACGCCCACGGGCUCGCGCCUCUAGCUCCUCCCCGCUCGGCCCUGCUCCGUGCGCGCCGGCCCCCUCCUCGUCCACCGGCCGCUCGCUGCCGCACCUCGGCGCGCACCUGCCGGUCCUCAUCGCGCCCCGGCGGCCCCGCCCCUCCGCCACCGGCCUCGCGCGCCGCGGCCCGCGCAGCUUGGCUCCUCCCCGCCGGCCCCGCGCUCAGCCGUCGGGCCGCCACCACCUCGACUCCUCCGCCGCCGCCAGGCAUGAGCAGGAGGGGGAGCAGGGGACGAGGCGCCCCUCUCCUGGAGCUUGCGGCCGCCCCGGCCCCCUGGAGCUUGCGGCCGCCGGCCCUGGAGCUCCGGCCCCGGAUGCACGACUCCUCCCCUGCUCCUCCUCCGCCUGCGAGCUGUUGCGGCCGCCCAAGGCCCACCGCCGCUCGCCACGCUCGCUCCGCCGCUCGUGGCCGCCCGAGGCCCGCCGCUGCUCGUGCAGGCCGCCCGCCACACCCGCUCGGAGACGCGCGUGGGGGCGGCGCGCCUCUACGCGCGUCCGCGUUCGGCCCGCGCCGGAGACGCGCGUGGGGGAGGACGCGCCUGAGCGCACCCGCAGGAGCGCCGCCCCCCUUGUGCAACCUCGACCCCGGCAAGGACGCGCGCGGCCGAGGACGAGCAGCCCCGGCGAGGUGGCCGCGGAGCAGGAGGCCACGGAUCAGGUGGCCGUCGACGUGGCCGGCGAGGGCGCCGAGGACGAGGAGGAGACGAGGAGGGACGAGGCGAUGGAGCUGGAGCGGAUCGGGAGCCAGUGCCGCGCGGUGCGGUCGCGGUCGGGGCGGCCGCCGCCGCUCGUCCCGCGGUCGCACUCCACGGGCCACUCCCUCGCGACGCGCCUCGACGGCGACCUCGAGCAACGGGAGUUUGCAUUCGAGGAGAGAGGAUGUAUAUCUUAG